AUGAUACAGCAGAGCGCCGAUGACCUUCUGCUCUCCAAGGUCCAGGUGGCUCCGGGCCCGCUGUCCGCGUCUGCCACCAAGUGCUCCUCGGCGCCGCUGCUCGCUGGCUCCCAGAAUUCAACGCUGAAGACGUCGCGGCACGAGAGGCAUAUCCCAGAGAUCGAGUCAGCAGAAGCAUGCAAGUGGCUUCGUGCUGCGGGAUUCCCUCAGUAUGCGCAGAUGUACGAAGAUGGGCAUUUCCCCAUCGACCUGAACAGCGUGCAUAGGGACCACCCGUUCCUGGACGCGGACUCGUUGAAGUCGCUCUUCCGCCGGCUGCACACGCUCAACAGGAGCGCUGCUAUCAGAGUCGACAAGACCAAGAGCCACGUGUCUGCUGACGACAGUGAGGAGGAGCUGGAGUGCGCACUCAGCGAGCAGUGGACGUUCCAGGCGCGGUCCCGGCGCUGGUCGCGGCUUGAUGACGCAAGCGCGGCGGGGGUGGAUCAGGAUACGCUGCGCGUGCCCAGCCAGAGCUCUGUGCACGACCAGGAGCGCGACCACGACCCAUCACCCAGCGUGCGCCGCAGCGGCAGUGAACGGCUCAAGGACAGCGCGCGGGCUCUGCUGAAGCGCGUCGACAGCCUCAAGGCGCGCCGCCGCAAGCGCCUGCACCGCGAGGCCGCCGUCGUCCAGGGCCCGCAGCUGGAGGUGUCGCUGUCAGACUCGGAGGUCGGUCCGACGAGCUGGCGCGCCCAACAUGACAAGGUGUUGGAGCUGUUGGACGCGGACAGCAAGGGGUCACAGGAUGAAGAUCUCAACAGGCCUUCGGCGAGUGCCAAUCUGCGCGCCCAGCUGCGGGGCGGCAGUCUGCGCCACCAGACGCCGGUCCAUCACUCCUUCCACAAGGCCGAAUCAUUCGCCGCAGGGGGCAGCGAAUCCGCACUGUCGGCGUCGCUGGAUAGCCACGAGUCAACUAGCACGUUGGCUGACAGCGACCGCGACGAAGCAGAUGCCUCCCCGCGGCAUAGGUGCGUGCGCUGGCACAGCUUCCGGCGUGCUGGGCUGACUGCGGCUGCUGUGGCCGCGGCUGCUGCUGCUGCCGGCUGGGAGGAGCGGCGCGCGCAGCUCUCCGCCGGCCAGAUGCUCGUGCUGCGCAAGCUGGCGCUGCUCAAGCUCACCGCCUGCAUGGAGAAGUACUGCCCCACUCACCGCUCCGGCUGGAACUGGGAGCUCCCCAAGUUCAUCCGCAAGAUCAAGACGCCCGACUACAAAGAUAAGAGUGUGUUUGGAGUUCCACUGGUCGUAUCUGUACAGCGAUCUGGCCAGGCCCUGCCUCGCUGUAUCCAGAUUGCCUUGCGCUGGCUUGAAAAUAAUGCCCUUGACCAAGUUGGGUUGUUCCGCAAGUCUGGAGUGCGCUCUCGUAUACAUAAACUGAAGAUCAUGACAGAGACUCAUGGAGACCUUGUCAGCUAUGAAGGCCAACAAGCUUAUGAUGUUGCUGACAUGGUAAAGCAAUAUUUUAGGGAGCUUCCAGAUCCACUAAUGACAAACAAGCUCUCAGAAACAUUCAUAUCAAUCUUCCAGCAUGUAUCAGUGGCAAGCCUCCGUGCUGAAGCUGUACGUUGUGCACUGCUUCUGCUGCCAGAUGAACACCGAGAAGCACUACAGGCUCUAUUGUGGCUGUUAUCAUGUGUAGCUCAACAUUCCAGUGUCAAUCAGAUGACUGCCAGCAAUAUUGCAGUAUGCCUUGCUCCUUCUAUUUUUCAACUGCAGCCUGAGCUUGCUGAAAAUCGGGCAGCUCAUGAUUGUCUUCUCUACCUUAUCACAGAACACAAACAUCUUUUCACAGUGACAGACGAAAUGCUCUCCCAGUGUCACUUUAACUAUAUGGAAGAAAGUGUUCCAGUUACAAUGGAGGAGCUAGGCAGUGACAUGCACCAAGACUGGCGAGGGUAUCUUUAUGCUUGCACUACAGCUCUUCUCAAGGAAGCAAGAGACAGAAGUAGAGGCUGGAUCUUUGUACCAUGCACAGCUGAUACCUUAGUGGAAAUGUCAUACAAAAAAGUUGGGGAUGGUCAUCCACUUCGUCUGUGGCGGGUCAGCACAGAAGUUGAAGCACCACCACAGGAGCUGUUACAAAGGGUACUUCGUGAGCGUCAUAUGUGGGAUCAUUCUCUUCUAAAAUGGAGGGUUGUUGCAAAACCUGAUACUCGUGGGGAAGUAUUCCAGUAUGUGUGCUCAAGCAUGGCUCCGCUGCCUUCCAAAGAUUAUUGUGUGCUCAGGUCUUGGAGAACAGAUCUCCCUAAAGGAGCAUGCAUAAUAGUUGAAACAUCAGUAGAGCAUGCUGAAGCACCUAUAAUGCCUGGUGCAGUCAGAGGCAUUGUUCUAGCUUCAAGGUACCUAAUUGAACCUUGUGGAUCUGGAAAGUCUCGCAUAAUUCAUCUUUCCAGAGUUGAUACUAAGGGACGUACCCCAGACUGGUACAAUAAAAGCUAUGGACAUAUUUGCGCUAUGUACCUAACCCAUAUUAGGUGUUCAUUCAAACAUAAUAGUGAUGGGCCUGAAAGUAAAGUCUGAGAAGUAAAACAUUGGUGUUCACUGAAAAACAGUAUUUU